AUGGGUUACGAUCUCACCAAACAGAACUUCCCCCUGGCCAACCAGACCCACGACGGCUGGUCCACCGAGACAGAAGCAACAGCAACAUGCUUCUGCGGUGCCGUACAACUCGCCUUCCCCACCCAAGGGGACGGCCUCGUAACCACCUUUGUCUGCAACUGCAGCGACUGCCAUAAGAUUAGCUCUUCCAUGUUUUGUUCCAACUUUAUCGUCAAGGACUCACACCUCAAGCACCUGCGCGGCCAGGAGAACCUCACGGCCUUCGCCCAGAAGAAGACACCCGCGUCGCUGAAGCUGAUGACGAACUACUUCUGCAAGACCUGUGGGACGCUUUUGUAUCGGGUUGGCGAGUCGUGGCCUGAGCAAAGUAUUUUGAGGAUUGGCACGGUGGAUGAUUUCACGCUCAUGGAGACGAAGUUGAAGCCGCAGGUGGAGUUUUUCACUGAGGGGAGGGCCGGGUGGUUGUGUGCGGUUGAUGGGGCGAAGCAAUUGAAGGGGAUGGGGAAUUAG